AUGUCGGAAUUAUCAUAUAACGAAUCUCUUAUCAUAUUAUUACACUAUGUUUCAAGUCAAUUUAAUCGUUAUAUUUCAAUUUUUAUUUUUAUCUUUGGUGUUGUGGGAAACAUUCUCAAUAUAUUUGUCCUUUCACGACGAUCACUUCGUUCUAAUCCAUGUGCUUGGAUUUUUCUGGUUGCAUCCAUUGUUAAUCUCAUUUCUAUUCUAUCUGGUCUUAUCACAAUAAUGAUAGGUGGUUGGGUGGCUAAUCCAGCUGGUUAUAUCGAGUUACUUUGCAAAAUUCGUUCUUUUCUUGUAUUCACAACAAGAACAAUCGCUCCAUGGCUAAUCGCAUUAGCCACGAUCGAUCGAUGGCUUUUGUCAAGUAUCGAUGCUCAUCGUCGACAGAGAAGCACAUUAAAGAAUGCUCAACGAUGGGCAAUAGUUAUUGUCAUUCUUUCAAUUCUUCUCUAUGCUCAAUUGUUCUAUUGCUAUGAAGCAAAUCGUGUCAACGAACCUCUGGAAUGUUAUGGUAGUACAGCUGCAUGUCGUUAUGUCACGGAUUUAUCAUUUUCUCUGAUUACAAUUUUAUUUCCUUUAUUUUUUAUGAUUUUAUUUGGUUUGUUAACUAUCUCAAAUGUACGUCAAUCUCAACGUCGUAUUCAAGCAUUAAAGUUACCGAAUAUUAAGUCUCCUAUGAAUAAAUUGUCAGAAUCAACUAAUGGAAACUCAGAAGUAAAAUUGAAACGGAAAACAGAUCAUAGUCUUCUUCGAAUGCUUCUUGUUCAAAUUUUUCUUAUCACUAUUCUUACUUUUCCAUUAUCUCUUCAAAAAUUUUAUUCAUCUUUCGCGAAAGAGAUUAAAACUCCAGUAGGCAUGGCCAUCAAUGACUUUGCAUAUAAUCUAUUCGUUUUACUUUAUUUUGUAUCAAAUGGCAUGCCUUUCUAUAUUUAUACAUUGUGUGGUGGAGUGGUGUUUCGAAAAGCAUUGUAUGAUUUUGUUUUGAUGGUGAAAGGAAAAAUAAUGCAUCGAUAG